CGCAGCACCGCAUUGCAUUGCAUACACCUGGUUGUAGUUCGCAAUCUGCAUAAUUGGCGUUGAUAUGCAAAGAUGCCCAAGCAAGACAAUCUUUAAGCUUUAUCUUCUCCAAAUCGGAUCGGGACCCGGCUUUCUGGCUGUUGCUAGCUUGUGUUUCUUCCCGCGCCGGGCUCAUGCUAGUGGGCGGGCGCGGCUCUGCUACCGAAAGAUAUUCGGCUCCCGACUUGCAGCAUCACGAUGCUGUUGAGGUCAAGCCAUGGCUUUACCAAGAGUGGAACUCACUGCCAGAGACCUGGGACUGGCAGAUGAUUGCCAAGGCGAGGAGGAAGAGGCAUUGGAUGUGCUCGAUCUUCCGCAGCUGUACACCAAACCGAAUGCAGAGUCUCUGCUUCUUACCCUCGCCGAUCUAAGCUCGCAGCCAGCAUCAUGGGAAGCGACGCCUCGUAGUAGUGGAACACCCACAGGCCCAUUGUCUGGGAGCUCCACGCCGUAUCGCAGAAAGAGAAAGAUUCGCAGUGAUGGAAUACCCAGUUACUUGACCAAAAUCAUAUCUAGUCGCCUCGCAUGGAUCGAGGAUGAUGAGCAAAAGGAAUGCAUAUGGGAGACUGCUGCACAAAGGCUCAGUGAGCGCAGCGGGAGAACUGCUAUGGGUGCGAUAUCCCGCUCUUUCGUCAUUCCGCUAUCUGUGCCCCCCUCCCAGGAAGACAGCACUGGUGUCGCAACCACACAUGGAACGGGCUUAGAUUUGCCCGAGGAGUGUUUUGAAGUCACUCUGCACGAACCGGCAUUGACAGGUGACACGCUUGGCCUCAAGACGUGGGCGUCGUCGUUCUUGCUGGCGAAAAGACUUGCUGUCCUGCUGCAUACCCUUCCCCAAUGCCCACCAGACACUUUCAUUCUCGAGCUUGGUUCAGGCACGGGCCUAGUGGGUAUGGCAGCAGCAGCAGUGUUCGGAAAGCAUGUGAUAGUCACUGAUCUGCCCGAAAUCGUGCCCAAUCUCGAUCAUAAUGCCAGAUCAAAUGCACACACACUUGCUGCCUAUGGAGGAAGGUGCUCUGCUACAGUUCUGGACUGGAUGCAGCCUGAUGUAUUCUGCCUCGAUGAGAUUCAUCAUGGCGAUGCACAUACCUUUCCUCUCAUUCUCGCCGCAGACCCCAUCUACAGCCCAGAACAUCCUCGACUUCUUGCUGGGGCAGUAGGUCAUCAUCUCAUGAAGACUAAUGAUGCACGUGUGGUCGUGGAGAUGCCGUUACGGGAUGCCUAUGCUGUGGAACGUCGGGACUUUAGAGAGUCCAUGAGUGCAAGCGGACUUGUAUUACUCGAUGAAGGCGAGGAGACUGGUUAUGAUGACUGGUCUUCCAACAGCGAAGACGACCUACUUGAGGUUCGAUGCUGGUGGAGCAUCUGGGGCAGGUGCUAAAUGAGUGCUUCGUGCACUUGCGAGGGUUCGACUAUCCUGAAUAGGUGCCAAGUCUUGAACGACAACCCCUAAUUCACAGCUGUUGACUUUCGCCACGCAUUCACGACAUGUCCAUCUUGCAUCAUAUGUUGUUUCUCAUGGUUCUUGAUCGUUCUGAUUGUCAUGGAAACGCGCGCAUCUG